UUAAUAAUUUUUUUUAAUUCCUUGUAUUGGUUCAAUGGGGGGGGGGUGGGGGUGGGGGGGGGGGUGGGGGGGGGGUUGGGUGGGGGUGUGGGGGGGUGUGUGGGUGUGGGUGUGUGGUGUGGGUGUGCGUGUGAGGGUGUGGGUGUAGAUAAAAACAAGACACACACCCCACACCCACACCCACACCCCCCAAAUAAUAUUAUUUCUUUUAUUCCAUUGGGAAAACAUGUCCGAUCCGAGUACACCAAACUACGCCAUUCGAAAGCUAAAACAUUUCUCUAUCGAACCCGAAUUAUUAGAAAACGAUCUUAGUCUUGAUGCAAAGUUUGUAUUUAGUAUUUAUUCAAUCUAGUGAAGGACACUAUCUUGCAGAGAACGAAAUUCUGCAUUUUCUUUUUGGUGUCUAUAUAAGGACUUUGCAAAACUCAAAAGAACAAAAACUUCAUUCAUCAUGAAGAAUAUUUUCAACUCCUCAAUAAAGCUUGAAUAAAUAUAGAACUAAAUUCUCUAUAUUUUUAUAUAAAACUCUUUGCUUUCGAGAUGUUCAAUAUUUUUGCAAACAUUAAAGAUCUUAGAAUCUUUUAUGAACUUGAAAACUUCAUGUACAUUUAGUUCGAUUCAUUUUUGGCCUAUCUUUCAAUUUUAUGUCAUAAUUCUCUUUCUUUAUAGAGCAUUAACAAAUAAUAUUGAUCGUCUUUUACAAAUUCUUGAAUUACAAUUACAAAUUGAUCUAAAAACAUCUUCAUGGAAUAAUUAUUUAUUAAAAAAUGUAAUAAUUACAGGUCGAAGUGGUAGUGGAAAGAAAACAAUUAUUGGAGAAUGUUGUCAAAGAUUAUGGAAUAAAUAUUUAAUCUAUUAUAAAUUUGUUGAUUGUUUAAGUUUUAAAGGAAGAAAACUUGAUAAUAUUAUAACAUCAAUUUCUCAAAUAAUUGAUGAAUUAGUAUUUCGUCAACCAUCAAUAUUAAUUCUUGAUCAUUUUGAUGAUCUUUUUUCUAAUCAAACAACAAUUACAGAUGCAAAUAUUAUUUUAGCUACACAAAAAUUAUCUCUUUCUCUACGUGAAUUAUUUCAUCGUACACAACAAAUUCAUACACAAUUUAUUAUUAUUCCAAUUGCUAAACAAAUAACAAAUAUUCAUCGACAAUUUACUGAAGAAACACCAUUAUUUUAUUCACAAAUAUUAACUAUUGAACCAUUGAAUGCAGUAAAUAGAAUUUUAAUAAUUAAAAGUUAA